AUGUGCUCAAAUUGUCUCAGUGGUUCCCAUACGGCUUCCACAUGUCCUUCGAAGUAUUCGUGUCGAACCUGUUCCGGAAAACAUCAUUCGGUACUGCACUUCGAAUCACGAAAGCGUCAGGCUGGCACUAAUCCAAUUAACCAUGCACCCGCGGUUCCAUCGUCGUCGGCAGCCCCCGUUGGUAAUCUACCAAGCACCGAUGACACGUCAUUUGUUGGUACCGUUAGCAGCGGCAAUUUGAGUGUUUUAGGCACAGCUGUUAUUCGGAUGUGCAACCAACAGGGACAGUGGGUACCAGUCCGUGCAUUAAUAGAUUGUGGAUCACAAAUAUCUGCUAUAACAACGAAGUCUGCAACACGACUUGGUCUUACUCGGUGCAAUCGUAAAAUCAAUGUAGUCGGAUUGUCACAGAGCCCCGUAGUCCAGGCAAAAGGUGUAGUCUUGUGCAGCAUAGUUCCACACAUGAGGUUAGAUCGAAAGCUAACUUGUGAACCCGUUCUAUUGUCAAAGAUUACUGGGUUGAUGCCUUCGAAAGUGUUAGAUUUAUCCAUACGAACUCAGUACAUGGAUCUGGAGCUCGCAGAUCCGAAUUUCGAUCGUCCAGGGCAAAUUGAAUUUUUACUAGGCGCUGACGUGUACAACCACAUUUUCACAGACGGUUAUCAUGUACGCCAUACUCCAGGGUUGCCUUCCGCGUUCGAGACAACAUAA